AUCUCUCUCCUAUAUCCCCAAAUUAAGUCCGCCAUUAGAAAAAGUUGAGCUCAGAGCCCAGCCUGGGUUUCAUCUGUUCUUCGAAUUAGGGUUUUAUUCAUCUUUUUUAAUAUAAAAAUUUAAUAGAGAAACAAAUCAAAGCCCAAGGGUUUUGGUUACUGAAUUCUCGAAAUUUUGCUGGAUUUUGUUUUUUAUUUUUCUUCUUCUUCCUCCUCCGAGAGUGGAUAUGGAGAGGAUGGCAGCGGCGGCGUAUGCCACGACGUCGUUUGUGUUCGCGAGUUGGCACGAGGUGUUCGUUUCGACGGAUAAAGGGAAGAGGGAGGUCCAUUAUUACCUGAAGCGAAGCGAUGGGACCUCAGAUCUGGCUGUGAUAGGGAAAGAGAAGAGCCUGAGGCACAUGUCGUAUCACUACGCUAUGAGGAAUCGUUCGCCUUUCUUGGCCUCUCUUGCCAAACUAAAGUCUCGGAAAGAGGUCAUUGAUUGGCUUAAUUCCGUUGUUUCAGAUUCCUCAACGAAAAAAUCAUCUCAUCUAGAUGUCGGAACAUUGGACUGUAGAAAUGCAUGCAAGUUGGAUGUUGAAGCUUGUAAGGAUAUGCAAUUACGGAAGGUGGGCCAUUGUGCUAAUGAUUUUCAAUGGUUGGGUUCACCAUGGUCAAGCAGAAAAAAGCGGAAGCAUUAUCAGUCUUUUCUGCGUAACAGUGUUAGAAUAUCUGUUCAUGACUUUGUUUAUGUUUUAGCAGAGGAGGAUAAACGCCUUGUUGCUUACUUGGAAGAUAUGUAUGAAGAAUCUAGAGGCAACAAGAUGGUUGUGGUACGUUGGUAUCACAAAAUUGAUGAGGUUGGUAUCAUUUUGCCUCACAAUUAUAAUGACAGAGAGAUCUUCUUCUCUCUUUGUCUUCAAGAUCUAAAUAUUGAGUGCAUAGAUGGAUUAGCUACUGUUCUUAGUCCCCUUCAUUAUGAGAAGUUCCUGAAUGAGGCAAGACACACACAAUUGGAACCAUUUGUUUGCCGCAAACAAUUUGAAAAUGAUGAUGUUAAGCCUUUUGACAUAACUCAAGUUAAAGGUUAUUGGAAACAGGACAUACUCAGAUACAUGUAUUCAGUUUCCUCGAAGGACAAUGAGGUUUCUCAACAAUCUAAUGAUCUUUUGGAAGAAAACACUUAUGCUGUUGGUGUCAGACCUAGAAAGAGGCAAUGCACUGAGAAAAGAGAGCUAUAUGGUGCUGUAUGUGUUGAUUCACAGAAUUUAAAUAAAACUGUGAUCGAUCUCAAAUGUGGAAAUGAAACAUGUGGUAUGGUUGGCGGAAGAUCUGUUUCAAAUUUGCCUAAGAAAGUUACCAAGGAUAACUCUUCACAGUUUUAUGAAGUAGGUUCCAAUGUUGAAGUGCUCUCACAAGAUAGUGGUAUCAGGGGAUGUUGGUUUAGAGCUUCUAUUAUCAAGAAACACAAAGAUAAAGUGAAGGUGCGAUAUCUGGAUAUCCAAGAUGCUGCUGAUGAGGCUAAUAAGCUUGAGGAAUGGGUGUUGGCUUCUAAGGUUGCUUUUCCUGAUCAUUUGGAUCUUCGAAUGAGUGGAAGGGUGGUUGUUCGCCCUGCUUCGCCGUCCAAUAAAAGCCGGGUUUCAUGGGCAGUUGAUGUUGGGACUGUUGUGGAUGUGUGGCGGCAUGAUGGUUGGUGGGAAGGCAUCGUGGUCCAGGUGUCUGAUGAUGGAAUUCAUGUAUUUUUUCCAGCUGAAAAACAGGACUCUGUCUUUAGCCGUGAUGAAUUGAGACAUUCUCAAGAAUGGUUAGGGAAACAGUGGAUUCAGAUGAAGGAAAGGCCAGAUCUUGUGCCUGUCAUAUGUUCGAGCUUACAAACAAAGAGAGUCACACAAAUGUCUAUUCAUGUUGAUUCUGCACAAGGUACGAACCACGAAAACAAACCGUCUACAGAAGAUGAAAAUCAGUGCAAGGAUUCAUAUUCUGGUUCUGAAAGUGACAAGGAUGAUAAGAAGGAUAAAGAGCUUAAUAUGGUUUUAGAUCUCUCGAAGGAUAACGUGUUUUCCCAAUUGAAGUGGAAGUCUUCAAAGAAAAGACGUCGUGUUAGUGGCAGUUCUUCCCAUAAAUUGCAGCAAUUUAAUGCUAUUGGGACGGAUGGUGCUGGUGUGUUGCUGACUCGCACUCGUGAAAGAUAUGUGAUUUCCACUUCGUUGAAGCGUGAUCAUGAGAACUGUAAGUACGUGGGAGAUUCUCUCUUCAAUUCCUCUGUUGUCCCACAUCUUACUAGUUUGGUUAUGUCUAGGUGAGAGUUUGUAAGUACUAGGAUAUCUCUCUGUUUCAAGCUAAAGUUUCCACUUUUUUCGUUCUUCCUUAGUAUACAUGACCCCUAGCUUGCAUCUGUUCGAUGCAACCAUGGUCUUAGUCUUAUGUAACUUACUUACCAAUAACCCGCAAAAGAAAAAAAAAUGUUUAUUUUUUUGAGAUUGUUGUGGCAGCCGAGUCUUUAUUUUGUUUAUCCACAGCCUAAAGAGUGGGGUAUACCGUAUGCAGCCUCGAAAUCAUAGGCAGAAAUUUUUCGUGCGGUUCAAUUAUUUCAUUGAGUUUUUUUGGUCACCAGCCAUUUUGCAUUCGUGGGUGAAAGGUUUUAUUUUUCUUCUCCAUGUAAUUGUAUCUCGCGGGUAAUAAUAAGUUUUCACUCUUUAAUGAA